AUGCUGAGGCAUGCUGUCGUCGUUCAGAAGCUGCAUGGCCGACGUCAGCCGGACAUCGUUGCUUUCGUAAAUAGCCGAUAUCGGGCCAUCCGCGACUCUUUCCCAUCCGUGACAGUUCUCGGCAAUUUCCUUGCCCACCUUUAUGAGCUCGGGCGGGCACUCCUUCCCGUCGAACACGAUGUUGCGCAGCAGAUUCCAGCACUCCUCGAUGCCCAAGAAGCUCGUCUCGUGAAUGUUCCGGAUAGAUCCGGACGCGUGGAGAGCCACUUUCCUCAGCCGGGUCGUGAGCACGACCCGGCUCCCGUUGUCGUCGUUCGGGAACAGGCUCUUCAGGUCGUCCCACGCCUCGGUUUCGGUCAAGCCGUCGAGCACGAUCAGGUAUUUUCUGCCCUUGAGGUUCCGAAACAUGAACUCCGUCAGCUGGCUGUAGCUGCUCUCCUGGCUGAACUUCGAAGCCGUGGGCCCCAGGAGCUCCGCAAUGACUUCCCGCGGGUCGCGGCCCGGGCCCACAUUUGCCCAGGCUCUAACCUCCCGAUCGACGGGUCAUGGAAAGCCCGGUCGACGAGUGUGGUCUUGCCGAUGCCGGCCAUCCCGACCACGGCCACCACAUUCAGUCGGGAAGAUUCCCCGACUAGCUUGCCUUUCAACCGGGACAGCUCGUUUUCGAGCCCGACAAGCAGCUUGUUCGUGCUGGCCACUAACGGGCCGGAUCGUGGCCCGGUCAUCUCUGGCCGUUGGUCAACCCGGUCGGAUCCUAUGGCACACUUGCAAUUUGUGAGUGAAGAUCUCGGCAGCUGCAGGGGAGCUUUCCACGGAUUCGGGCUGGAGGUAACGGGUCGAGACGUGGGAUUCUACGGCGUCUUCUGCUUCGUACACCACUUCUCGGAUUUGGGCUUCAAGCUCGUUUGCUCCGAGAUGGCGUAUGGUGCGGUGAGACUUGCUGGAAAACGUGUCACAGCUGCUGACACCACAUGUCGAUCUCGUCAAUGCUGCUGA